CGACAAAAAUCCACAUCCUAACGCCUCCGCGCUCUGAUCCUUUUUUUCGCCUCUACUCUACCAUUCCCUGCAUCGAAUGCUGUAAUUUUAGUUGGACUGCAAUGCUACACGGAAACUCUAUCAGAAUUUUGACGGGGAACAGCCACCCCGAGCUCGUCCAAGCCGUGGUCGAGCGGCUCAACGUGCCCUUGACUCCCUGUACAGUCAAGAAAUUCUCGAACGGCGAGAUCAAUGUCAAAAUUGCAGAAUCCGUCCGCGACGAAGACGUUUUCAUCAUUCAAUCAGGAUGCAGCGACGUGAACGACAACCUCAUGGAACUCCUCAUCUUGAUCUCUGCGUGCAAAGGCGCCUCUGCACGCCGCAUCACGGCGGUCAUCCCCUGCUUUCCCUACGCGCGCAUGGACAAGAAGGACAAGUCCCGUGCGCCUAUCACCGCAAAACUGGUUGCGAAUAUGCUUGCGGUCGCUGGCUGCGACCAUGUCAUUACCAUGGAUCUGCACGCAAGUCAGAUUCAGGGGUUCUUCGACUUUCCUGUCGACAACCUCUACUCGGAGCCUCUGAUGAUCUCGUACAUCAAGCGUCACAUCGAGGGGUGGAAGAACAGUAUCAUUGUUAGCCCCGACGCAGGAGGAGCUAAGCGCGUCACCGCUAUUGCGGACAAGCUGGGUGUUGAGUUCGCUCUCAUCCACAGAGAACGGACCCGGAAACAGGAAGAGAAAAUGGAGGUCCUUGUUGGAGACGUGCGAAACAAGGUGGCUAUUCUCAUAGAUGAUAUGAUCGAUACUGGAGCAACGCUGGCUUUGGCUGCACCGUUGUUGAAGGAAAAGGGCGCUGCGAAGGUUUACGCUCUGAUCUCACACGGGCUUUUCGCCGAGACGAGCAUGAGUAUGAUUGAGGCGCUUCCCAUAGAGCAGCUUGUGGUCACAAAUACGAUCCCUCAACAGCACCAUGCGGAGGGCUGCAGCAAGCUGGUCACUAUCGAUGUGAGCCACACUAUUGCAGAGAGUAUGCGGCGGACGCAUAACGGUGAGAGUAUAAGCCUUCUUUUCGAUGAAUGGGCAGAUGGUGUCGCGGUGAACGGCAUCGGGAUGAACGGCAUCGGGAUGAACGGCGUCGGAAUGAACGGCAUUGGAGUGAACGGCGUCGGAAUGAACGGCGUUGGAGUGAACGGCGUCGGGUCGCAUUGAGCUUCGUAUUGGACGGAAGCAGACAGAGACGUAGAGUAAGUUAUAGCUAUCCAGUUGUACAUUGUUGGAGACCUAGAACCUAUUGUCUGCACACAAUAAAUCAGACGUAUGAACACCUGCAUAUUGAGUUAGGCUUCACUUGAUCGGCUGUUAUGUGCUAGCU